AUGUCCGUAAUACUCGGGUCUGCCCCGCGCUUCUUGCCAGCACGGCUGGCUACUUUCGGACGCCGUCAUGCUCAGGCAAACCUGAGCCCGUUGGUUCGACAGCUCCCCAUACGAAGAACAGUCGCAACACACGGCAGCACAGCAGCCAGAUACAGUCCCUUGGCCUAUACAUUGCUAACAAGGACCCCGGAAGCAAUUACUCCAGAUGACGUGCUUUCGAGCUUGCCUCCUAUCCCAGGGUCCCUGACACCCGCAGACUACGUUCCCGUCCUUUUCGUCACGCCCGCCUUUGCCAGUUGGAUUGAUACCUCGUCGCACGGGUUUCUUGAACAAUGGAUCAAUCGCUUUUAUCCCAACACCUCGAAAUGUGAACACACCAGGCCUGUAGACGCUAUUGUUGCGGUGGUGGAUAGACUGCCCGAUCAUCGCGUGAACACCGAGGAAGCUAUCGACGGGGUGUGCACACCAGAGUCCGAGGGGAUUUCACUUCUACUGGUGAAUGCAGACAAUGUACGGGGGAAAGCCGCUGCACCUCGUCGGAUUCGGAGUAUGGAAGCUGCGGAGUCAAGUCUGGUCUUUGUAAUUCAGAACGGCGACACGCGCUUAUUUAGCAAAUCACCGACGCACGAGAUUGGGCUACGACUUGCAAACACAAUAUUUGUCAACGGCAACGAGAACACCCUGUUUGGGACACGCUGGGUCUACACGCCUUCGCACGGUUAUGCUUUGGAUCAAUCAGUCAACCUGUCAAGCUGUGUCGUCACAUCGAAUGCGAGUGCAGUCAGUGACUCAUUUAAUCUUCCGCUGUACCCUGUUGGCCAACGAAGGAGAGUUAUAUCGAGCAUGGGGAACAUCCUCCGUCAGCUAGCGAAGCAUACGGACAGCCAAUCAUCUGCUCCGAUGCCAGCUUCGUCCGAGCUAGAGAAAGAGCUCCCGCGCUAUAUUGCGGAACAUGGCAUCGUUGAUCAGAGAGUCUCCGUCUGGGCUUUAAUCGAGGAUAGCGAGGACGGUUUCCAAAUGGACGCAAACACCAACACCCAAAAAAGCCUCGUCAGCUCGAUUCGGAAAGGAGGCGCACUCCACCGGGUCAUGAGUGGUGGAGGGGGAUGGGGCAAGAAACAAGGUCUCUUGUCAUUGGAUCCUGAAACGACUUUCUUAGAAGCAGAUGGGAGAUGCGGACUGUUGGGCCUAGAUGAUGUCUUCAAUAAUGCGCAUUCACCACCAGAUGCCCCGCCGCCGCCGCCGCCACCGCCGUCCUUUGACAUGCCAUACUUUGGGGACGAUCUGUCGGCCUUGUCCCAAGCAGCAAGGCCGGGCGAUUAUGUCCAGUUUUUUGUCUCUUUAGAACCCGAUCAUGUCCCAGCGCGUGAGCAUGAAGAUGGGAGCAUAUCAUUUCACUUUGGCGUUGUUUCUGAUGCCGAGACCGUUGUACAAAGCACCGAUUCCACGAAGAAGGACUUGGUAGUCGCGUCCAACUACUUCGGGGCGCUAUCGGAGAGAGCUAUCACCUACUUGCAACCGAUGAGUGGAGCGGAGUCUGCCGAAGUGGUGCAAGAGUCGAGUGCCAAGUUCGAUAUCCCCGGAUGUCGGGUGGAAGUGGUAAUGAAAUGAUCCCAGUUCAAGGAUCUGAAAUGCGUAUAUGUAUAGGUACGAUUUUUUUGUCUGAACAGCAUGUCAAUCAAAUGUCGUCGUAGUAAAUUUAAAACAUCGCGAGGAUCGAGAUAAGAGGUUGAUGGGAUGCUGAUUUACUCUACACUACUCCGUGAUUAGCGUCGGCUCAUCGCGGAAGCGAAUUAGACCUGGUAAAGGAUGGUCUGGUAGAUAUUUAUCAUGUCCAAAUCUAAAGAAAGC